UGUUCGUUUUAUGCGGAAUCCUGAAAUAGCAGCCAGAUCAGUGGACUUGAUGCAGUCGAUAGGAUCAGUAGCCAGAACUGGGAACGUUGCUCCAAAUAUAAAACCUAAGCACAUAAGGCGUGCCGCAGCACAGAUCCCUGAAAUGCCCAUGGACCUGCACACGAAGCACACCCCAUGUGACAUGGACUCCAGGGGCAGGGAGAGCUUCAUAUUCGCCUUUCCCAACCAUUGCAUAUGGGCGUUCAACAAUCGGUACUUGAGCGAAGGACAUUACCGCGUCUACAAGACCUAUCAGCUGGAAGGAUUUUUCUUUGGCCAGUACUACGAGCGCCUAAAGCGUUACGAAUUCGAGCCACAUACCUACGAUUACAAUAUGUAAUGCCAUAUGAACAAAUUCUAAUUACUACCAAGACAUUUUCUUUAAAGUAUAUAAUAUUUAUAGCGUGCCCUAAAUGAUUUCGAUUUUAAGAUACUCGUACUUCUUC